UGGUCCAGUAAUUCACAUACAGAACAUUUGCAAUCGCAGCAGGAGAGAGUCGAGAACUCGAGAGAAAAGCGCCGAGAUCGAAUAGAAGAAAUGAGGGGUGUUUUAGUCCUAGUCGUGUUAUUGGUCUGCCUCCUGGCGGUUGCUAACUGCGCUAAGAACAAGAACGAGAAAUGCAAAUCCAAGUGCAAAACUUCCUACAAUGGUUGCAUAGCAAUUACACAAGUGUCCAAGUGUAAAGGCAGGAAGACACGAUGCAAGUACGAGUGUGAUAAAAAGUUUCCAUCGGAAUCAGUCAGGAAUUGCUACAAAGGAUGCAAGGUCUCAAGCACACGGUGUGCUACCAAAUGUGAAAACAGGAGAAAGAAGGACGCGUGUAUCAAGACUUGCAAGCAGCGGAAACUCGAGUGUCGCUUCACCUGCACAGACGCCAUGAUGAAGAGGGACGCGAGAGCAGCGCCAGUUAAUGCGAACGAGGAAGCACAGGUGGCGGUUGAAAAGGAGGAGAGAGCUGCAGUGGCGGCUGAUGAGUCAAACCCCGUCAUGCGGGCUCUUUUCGGACAAUAGGAAACACCAGCCUCAAGUGAAAUUUUCAAUAAAUAGAAGAUCUUUUGAAAUCUUAAGUAAAAACUACAUAUAUGAUUAGAUAUGUUUUGAUAUUUUCAAAGCAUUUACUUGUAGAUGUGAGUGCACAAAUAAAAUGUCACGAAAUAUUCAUGUUCUUA